AUGGCGACCGUUACUCAAACACAAACACAAGAGCCGAUUGAGCUCACGACGCUGGAAGGAUGUCAUGUCCGCGGUAAAGAUAACGAGGAGCAGCAUUCUUUACCACCUGAAGAUGUACCUCCGCCAUACGCGCAAACACAAGCGCAGAGAUGGAACUACCCGAGGGGAAAUAUGGCCAAGCUUGGGUUUGCUUUCUUAUCAUUCAUCAUUGCUGGGAUGAAUGAUGCGGCUGUUGGAGCUUUAAUCCCAUAUCUCGAAACAUAUUACGAUCUAAGCUACACAAUCAUCUCCCUUAUUUUCUUGACCCCAUUCGCAGGCUACUCCGUCGCAGCUUUCACCAAUGCACGCAUCCAUAUGAAGUUCGGACAGCGUGGUGUUGCGAUAAUGGCUCCCAUCUGCCAUCUUAUCACCUUUGUCGCAUUGGCUCUCCACCCGCCGUACCCUGUUCUCGUGGUCUGCAACGUCUUCAGCGGUUUCGGCAACGGUCUUACCGAUGCUUGCUUUUGCGCGUGGGUAGGCGCAAUGGAUAAGGCGAAUACGGUACAGGGUUUCUUGCACGCUUCGUAUUCGCUUGGUGCUUUGUUUUCGCCACUUAUUGCGACGAGUCUGGUUGUUAGUUAUGAGUUACCUUGGUACACUUUCUACUAUAUCAUGAUUGGUAUCGCGACUCUUGAGUGGGUUGGUCUCACUGUUUCCUUCUGGCGAAUGACUGGUGCUGUAUAUCAGCUCGAGCAUAAGAAUGAAUCGGAAGAUACAGGCGCCGGGACGCGAGAAGCGCUGAAGUCAAAGGUUACAUGGCUCUGUUCGCUGUUCUUCUUUGCCUACAUGGGCGUUGAAGUUGGUCUUGGAGGUUGGGUUGUCACAUUCAUGCUCCGCGUCCGAAAAGCCUCAGCCUACGCUUCUGGUGCAUCCGGAACCGGCUUCUGGGCCGGCAUGGCUCUUGGUCGUGCCUGUCUCGGUUUCGUAACCGAGCGCUUCGGCGAAAGACUUUGUUUAUCCAUUUACCUCGUCAUCUGCAUCGGCCUCCAGCUUCUUUUCUGGCUCGUACCUAAAUUCAUCGUCUCAGCUGUCGCCGUAGCCUUUCUGGGCUUCUUCUUGGGACCUAUGUUUCCUGGAGCAGUCAUGGUAACUGCUAAGCUUUUGCCAGCUAAAAUCCAUGUUUCUGCGAUUGGAUUCGCUAUGGCUAUUGGUGGUACUGGCGGAACUGUGUUUCCAUUUGCCAUUGGUGCCAUUGCGAACCACAAGGGUGUCGGAGUGCUGCAGCCAAUUAUUCUGGCGUUGAUCACGGUUGUCGCAGGUGUUUGGUUGAGUUUUCCCAGGAUCCAAAAGAAGGAUUGA